AACUGCGACAGGACUUUUGUUGUUGUUGUUGUUGUUGUUGUUGUUUUUGUGAAGUGUAAGUAGACGUACUGUAAAAAUGUGACGAAAAAUGUGACUACUGUUGGUAGUUUUGUAAACGUACUUACUCGACAUUUUAUUUUGAAAGUGUUUGAUUACUGUAGAGUUGGUGGAGAACCGUGAGCUGGUCUUAUGUCGUGUGCAUAUUUAAGUACAUUUUGAAUACAUAGAUCAUUUGGAGAACGAGACAUCUUUUAACUCAUAUUUAUAAUUUAUAAAGCGAUCUGUUGUAGAAAAAAAACAUUUUCCGCUCCAGUCUCGCCCAGGAUGGGAUCCUUUCCUGAAGAAAACGUCAAUAAUAGAAGGGGAUGGGCGCUGGGCUCUGGGAAACUUCACACAGAUGGAGAAAUGGCUACUAGUUCUCCAAUAACGCAACAAAUCUGCAGCUCUUUACCUCCAACAUCUUCACCCACAUCUCCCACUCCCAGUCCCAUUCCCACUCCCAUUCCCAGUCCCAUUCUCGAGGUAGAGGACUGUCUCAUCUAUGAUCGACACGGUGUUGGCAUAACAUUUAAGAGCUUAUAUCAAAACCACAAAGCUAUCAUUAUUUUUGUGAGGAGUUUUUUAUGCUACACAUGUCAGGAAUAUGUUGAGGACCUAAGCAAAAUACCACAGGAAAUGUUAGUGGGUGCUAAUGUCCGACUUGUUGUCAUUGGGCAGUCAGGCUAUUCACAUAUAAAGGCCUUCUGCUCACUGACAGGCUAUCAACAUGAAAUGUAUGUUGAUCCAGAGCGACGUAUUUAUAAGAAACUUGGGAUGGCACGAGGGGAGAUCUAUGAGGAAAAAGCCUCUCAAAGCCCUCAUGUGAAAUCCAGCAUGCUUGUUGGCAGCAUAAAGAGUAUGUGGCGUGCCAUGACCAGUCCUGCCUUUGAUUUUCAAGGAGAUCUUCUCCAACAAGGGGGAGCAUUCAUCAUUGGCCCAGGCCCCAGCAUACAUGUUGCACAUUUUGACAUGAAUCGAUUUAACCAUAUGCCCAUCGAUGAUUUGCUUCAACUGGCUGGAGUGCAGGUGGUCAACUUUAACAGACACGCCAAGAUUAUUCACAUAUGAGAGAUCAGACAUUUCUUUUUAGAAUAAUCCGAAGCUUAUACCAUUUCAAAAACCUGAUCCACAGACACUGUAUCGUCAGCUUCAAGUUAACCUCUGAUGAUUAAAAGUUCACCAAAAUCA